CUUUUUCGCCGCUAAAUUGCCAAUUAGUAGAAGGUAUUUGUCAGAAGUGUUAUGGCUUAGAUUUAAGUAAGCCGGGUGAAACGGUGGCAAUGGGGACAGCGGUCGGAGUAAUUGCUGCUCAAUCAUUAGGGGAGCCAGGAACUCAAUUGACGAUGCGAACUUUCCAUAGAGGGGGAAUAACUGGCGAUGAAGAUAUUACCCAAGGUCUGCCCAAAGUCAAACAAAUAUUUGAUAAUGUUAAGCCGGACAAAGAAGAAAAAUCUAUUUUGGCCAAAGCUGAUGGCAAGAUAACAAGUAUUGAAGAAAAGAUAAUCAAACAAAAAAAUAAUGAGGGGAAAGAACUUAUUUAUCCGCUUGGUAAGAAAAAGAAAGUGCGAGUUAAUCAAGGAGAUAUGGUGAAAAAGGGCGAAAAGCUGACUAGUGGUAAGAUAGAUUUAGAGGAAUAUUUAGAAGUUAUGGGGCGGGAUAAGUGUCAAGAAUAUAUCAAAGAAGAACAAAAAAAUAACAAAGGAGGAUUUUCUGUAGAAAUUACUGGCUAUGUUCCAGCAAAUCAUAGAACAGAACCAAUCAAAAAAGGAGCAAAUGAAGUUAAUGAAGUUAAAGAUAAAUAUGGAUAUAAACAUUUACUUACGCCAACGAAAACAGAAGAAUUUUCUGAAAGAACUGAAUUAAAUGCCAAGUCCGGAGAUGCUACUUUAGUUUUGACAAGAUGA